AUGGACCCGAGAGAAAAACAGAUGAGACAGGGCAGACGGAACAACGCCGUCCGGUCCAUCGGCCAUUGCCCGGUGGAUGCGACAAGAACGGCGGCGUCGCCAACACCGACAUGUUCUUCGGCUAGCAUGCCAGCGACCGCGUUUUUUUCUCCUUGUUCUGCUGGUCUCGCCGUCGGUGGUUCUGCUCGUCGAUGGACCAACGGAGGGUCAGAGGCGGCGAUAGCCGCUGAGAAAGACAACAUCGAUGGUGUCUGUGACGACGGUGAAAGAAGUUCGCUCGCGGCGCCGACCCGCAAUAGCUCCCUCCGGCUAUCGAAGGUUUUCUGCGAAAAGGAUGACAUAUACGAGACGGCCGAUGACGGCAGCAGUGGAGGGCUUUUGCCGGAGGACUCGGCUAUGCCUGGUUCCCUCGCCCCAAGCAGUUCCACUUCGAGUGGAGCCCGCGGCGUUAUUCGCGGAGACGUCGGGAACAACCGCUGUGGCGUGCACGCGGUCGCCGUGGUGACCGGCGAAGAAGAGGGGGAACGGGAGGCGCGCUCGUCUUCAUGCAGGACGAAAGCCAUCCUCUCGGACCCUCCUUCACCGGUCCUGUUCAGAGCCGGGAACGACUACGACACGGGCGCGGAGGUGCUUAUACCGCCGGAGGGGCCGCGGGGGGUGGCCGCGGUGGUCUGCCCCCCGCCCAGGCUGAUACGGUUCCGAAUUACCCCCGAAGGUAGAGUCUUGGCAUCGGAUGCGGCGGUUGUGCCCAUCCUCCGCCGCAAGAGAAGAGGCCGGGGACGGCAACGGCGCGUGCGGGAGCUGGAUGCUGCUCCCACAGCCACUGCCUCCGUAUUGAGUCAAACCCUUGAAUUUGAUGGGGACGGAUGCAGCAGCAGCAGCGGCGGUGGUGCCCCCAGUCGCCACGACGAAGCUUUUUUCGACCGCUUGACCCAGAGGCAAGCGCGCGGCCAGGGUGAUGACGGCGGUAGCAGGACACCCGGCGGCGCUUUCAAGAGUCCGGCCCCUGACGCCAACGCGGCAAGCCACGGAAGAUGGAUCCCCCCGACCCUUGCAAGGAAGAGUUGCGCUUUUGAGGACGAAGAAAGCGACGACGACGACGAGAUGGCGGAACAGGAUGGCGGGGAGGGCAAGAACAUGGACCACAAGCGCACGCGAUCGGCGCCGGAUUCUAUUCUUCCUCGACCACACGCUCGGGGAGGGCGUGGGUUCGGCGCGUACUGUGAAGCGUUGCGGAAGGACGGUGAACACAGGAAGACACACCGGCCAGCCACGACGGUGGGCAUCGGCGACAACAGCGGUGACUCUCCCUCGCACUCCCUCGCACUCCACAACGGCGACACCACCAGCCCACGCAGCACGGUACCGCAGCCGAUACCGCGCGGGGGGGCUACAUGCGGCGGUCCAAGGUCGGCGCCCAGCAGCAGACGCGGUUCUGGCACCAAGCGGGGUGGGAAAGGGCGCGGAUAUACUGCCGUACUAGGAAGGCUGAAGGGCAUGCUGAACCUGGAGUCGAAGCUGAGGAGUCCUCCCGUGAGGAGGAGGAUGAGCAGGAUGGAGAUGCACAAGGCUUCCUUGAUUGCGGAGAGUUUUCGAUCCCCAGGGGGCUCUCCCCUCCAUUGGUCCUCCCCGCCCGGCCUCAAUGGUGAGGGUUUUCCGCAGGACGGCGUGCUUCCGGGAGCAGAAGACCCCAAUGGGCAACUGGAGCGGCCGCAGCAGAUGGGAGGGAGGAGGGGUGGCGGCAGGAGUAUGCGUGCGUGGCGGGCCAGGGGGCGGCGAAUGGCUGGAAGUCUCUAG